GCCAACGUCCAGCCGACCCCAAACCUCCAAACCUCCAGCGAGCGAACACUAUCCGAGGUGCUCGCCAAACUCGCGACCGCGCGCUCCGCAACUAUGGAGCGAGCACGCCAAGUCAUCGCGCAUCGGCCCGGCCGCGGCGCCAGCAAGGAGCCUUCACGCAGCCAACGUACCAGACGCGUUAAGCAGCCCGCCUCCGCACACAGUCGCUCAUGUUCGCGCUAUGGGCGAAGCAGCCACGCAGCCACGCGCCCCAGCUGGUGCACUUCUGCGACAGGCCGCUCCCCCAGCUCUGGGCCCCUGAUCCCCGUGCCACGUUGCUGCGCUUAGGAGCGCCGCGACUGCUCUUCGGGCAGGCGCAGCAUCUCGUGACGGACCUGGUGAUCUACGAGUCGCAGCAACAGCUGCCGCAGCCAGGGUUUCAGCGUAACCCGCCUGCGCUGCUGGUGGAUGUGCGACGCAGCCUCAAGGAGCGGAUGCAGCGGCCCCCAGAGGACGCAAAGGCCUGCUCGAACGGCACAUUCAUUGCGUUCUUUGUGACAGCUGGUCACAAAACCGCCGCCAAGCAGCUGGCUGGUGGUGGCUUGGCGCGUGCGCUCUUCUACUCGGACGAGUGGCGCUGUGGCCCAUCGGCGCGCCGGCUUCCGCAUCAAGGACACGCUGGUGCAUGUGCAGUUCUGGAGAGUGCUGCCGACCUGGGAGCGCCGCGGCUGACGUGCAGCUGCCGUAACUUGAGCGACCUCGCCUCAAUUGCGCACGGGUGCCUGCACACGCAGUGCGCCCAGCUUGUCACGCUGCCGCAGCCGGGGCCAGCCCCGCCAGUGCACGUGCUCAUGCCGCGUGGCUCGCAGACGCCCCGGAGCGCCAUCCUACCCGGCGACUACUUCUGGCUGCAGGACCACACCUUUGUGGCCUGCGCGGCCCAGACAAGCAGCAUUCGCUGCACCCGCAGCGGCUGCGGGGCGGAGUGCCAGCACGUCAAGCAGGUGGAGGAGGUCUUCGGGAAGCAGCUGCCGCCGGCAGCCCUCGGCUCCCGCCACAAGCCGCCAAAUGAGGAGCCCGGGCCUGCAAGUGAACAGGCUGGCGUGAUAGCGGUAGCAGCGGCAACAGCGGCAGCCGAACCGCCGGCGGAGGUGGCAUCGCCGCCGCCGCCGUCCGUGCGGUACCCCUUCCCAUGUGGCGCCGGCACAGCUGAUGCCAUGGCCGCUGGGGAGGUGGGUGUGGCGUCCGCGAGGUUGCGGGCCAUGGAACUCCAGGCGUCUGCUGCCCGCGGUAGUAGCAGUGAUGGCGGCAGCUGUAGCAGCGUCGGUGGCAGUGGCGGUGGCGGCCGCAGCUUUUGGGGGCUGGUGGGUCAACAGUUGACCUGGUGCCGCCACUACCAGCCGGGGGCUGCUGCGCGUAUGGCUGUGCCUACUCGCCGCGGCUAUUUCGCAGCAGGCCUGUCACUGCGUACGGCUCAGACACGAUUGGCCCGCUGCGGGCGCAGCUCUACCAGCUCACUUCGGGCCGUGGCCGUGAGAGCUGUAAGCUGUCAUAUGGCGGAGCAGCGGACGGCUUGUCUCGCUACAGCAGCCGCUCCUUCUUCAGCCUGCGCCACAUACAAGGGUAUGCAGCAUUCCUCCUGCGCUGUGUAGUGCCGAGCCUGGGGCUUACAAUGAGAGACGCCUGAGUCUCGCAAGUACGCGGUGGUCUGGUCGCGUACCGGUAGGGUUUGCUGUCCAACCCUAGGGCUUUACAUCUGGUAACUGCCCGGGACAUAGCACUGACGCUGUGUGCAACUACCUGAGUUGCUAGUGAGGCAUCUGUCUGCGUCCUCUCUAUCGGGUCUUACUGUAAUUACUGUCAACC